ACCGUAAAGCCUAUUUCUAAAGCCUCACGUCAGGACGGACUUAAAAGCGGAACGCAAUUGCAGCGGGUGCGGUUUUCCCGGCGGAGUCGGGGUCAGCGGCAGCCUUUGGCACUGCGCAAGCGCAAUGCCACUUACCCAGCAUGGAGGUGGUCGGUCUCGUGUGUGGGGCGGCGGCGGCGGUGGUGGUCCUGGCGUGGGGUUUCCUUUGGGUUUGGGACCCCUCCGAAGGAAUGAAGAGUCGGGAGCAAGCAGGCCUGCCGGGAGCAGGAAGCCGGAGCCUGCUGGUGAUAGCGCACCCCGACGAUGAAGCCAUGUUCUUUGCUCCCACAGUGCUAGGCUUGGGCCGCUUGAGGCACCGGGUGUCCCUGCUUUGCUUCUCUGCAGGAAACUACUACAAUCAAGGGGAGAUUCGUAAGAAAGAACUCUUGCAGAGCUGUGGUGUUUUGGGAAUCCCACCCUCCAGUGUAAUGAUUAUUGACAACAGGGAUUUCCCAGAUGACCCAGGAGUGCAGUGGGACACAGAGCUCGUGGCCAACACCCUUCUCCGGCACGUGGAGGUGAAUGACAUCAAUCUGGUGGUGACGUUCGAUGCCGGGGGCGUCAGCGGUCACAGCAAUCACGUGGCUCUGCACACGGCAGUGAGGGUGCUCUGUGCUCACACUUCAGUCUGUGAAUGUGCUGCGCAAGUAUCUCGCCAUCCUGGACCUGCCCUGGUCUCUGUCUGCUCCCCAGGAUGUCCUCUUCGUGCUCACCGGCGAAGAAGUGGCUCGGGCCAAGAGGGCCAUGUCCUGCCACCGCAGCCAGCUCCUCUGGUUCCGCCGCCUCUACCUUCUCUUCUCGCGCUACAUCAGGAUCAACACACUGCACUUCCUCUGAAGCCUCGGACAGUAUUCAGAUCCAAGGAACAAUGGAGUGAAAACAGACCAGGAAGUCCAAAGAGCCUGGCCUGGAGCGGGCCUCCCUCCCUGAGCCAAAGGAGGUCCCAGCCGGAGCAACCUCCACCAAAGGAGGCCUCUGCCAUCCAGGUGCCAGCAUCUGCCUCUGGGGGAAAAACAACCAGGAAGAACCGAAAACAAACCCCGGGGCAACAACAGCCACCCUGCUGCCACCUCCAGUUCUCGUGGAGAACACUUUGCACAAUGGCACAGUCAAUGUCAAGGCCCUAGCCCAGAGCCCGGGCAGAUUGCUGUUAUUAUAAAUGAUUGCAGACACGCGUUAAAAACACUUCCCAGAGGAUGGCCCGAGUGCUUGGGCCCUGCACCCCAUGGGAGACCAGGAUAAGCACUUGGCUCCUGCCUUCGGAUCAGUGCAGUGCGCCGGCCGCGGCAGCCAUUGGAGGGUGAACCAACGGCAAGGGAAGAACUUUCUCUCUGUCUCUCUCUCUCACUGUCCACUCUGCCUGUCCAAAAAAAAAAAAAAAAAAAACCACUUCCCAGAUGUGAUUUUCACGUGGUUCCCAAAGCAGCUGUCUUAAUUCGUUUUCUGUCGCUGUAACUGCAUCCCUUGGUAUCCGUAGGGUUCUCCAGAGACACAGAACCUGUAUUCGAUUAGCCCACAGCCAUGAGAGGCUGAAAAGUUACACAAGGCCAUGUCCGAGAUGGAGAGCUAGGGAAGCUGGCAGCAGCUCAGGCCGGGAAGCUGGAUAGGCUGAUGAUGCAGUCCUCAUCCAAGGCCAAGGCUCGAGAGCCCCCCAGAUGGCUGCUGGCCCCAGUCUCCGAGUCUGAAGGCCAAAGAACCCGGACUCUGCUGUCCAGUGGCUUCAGCAGCCCGCUGUACACGUACAGGCAUGCAAAUGAUACAACCUGUGUGGCGGCCAGUCCAGCAAUCUCUAAUAAAAUGAUAUACUCUUUUUCAAAGGUGCAUUUAUCUGUUUGAAAGACAGAGUGACAGAAUGAGAGAGAAAGAGAGAGAGAGAGAGCUUCCAUCUGCUGGUUUACUCCCCAGACGGCAACAACAGCGAGGUCUGGGCCAGGCCAAAGCCUGGAGCCAGGAGGAGCCCUGCAUGGGACACAGGGACACAUCAGCAGGGAGCUGAUUUGGAAGCAGAGUAGCCCGAGACUCCAGUAUCCCAAAUAGCAGCUUAACUCACUGUGCCACAGUGCCUGCCCCCAAAUUAUAUACUCUUCCACUAACUGGCACUGUAGACUUAUUCCACAUGCCAUAAGUGAUAUGAAAAAGAUACAUAUCGAAACACAUUUAAAAGAGGAAAAUGCUGAACCUGUCCAAAUGUCCAUCAAUUAAGGAUUUGUUAAAUAAGUAGUGAGAAUACUAGUAAAAUAUAACAUUACAAACCAAUUUUUAAAAAGUAUGUAUUUAUUUGAAAGGCAGAGAGAAAGAGAAUCCUCCAUCUGCUAGUUCAUUUUCUAAAUGGCCACAACAGCCAGGGCUGGACCAGGUCAAAGCCAGGAGCCUAGAGCUCCAUCCUGAUUUUCUACAUGGGUGGCAGGGGCCCAGUACUUGGGCCAUCAGCCACUGCCUUCCCAAGCACAUUAACAGGGAGCUGGAUUGGAAGUGGAGCAUCUGAGACUCGAACCGGCGUGCUAGUAUGGGAUGCCAGAGUCGCAAGCAGUGGGCUAACAUGCUGUGCCACAACGCCAGCACCCAUACUUUUUUUUAAAAAAAUAAUGCAAUGCAUUGACAUGGAAAGAUCUCCAAGGCAUAUUAAUAAGUGAAAAAUACACAUUGUUAACAAAUGCAACCAUUUGUGAGGGGCAACACACACACACACGUGAGUGUGUGUAAACAUAUUAGGGUUUUUUUUUUUUUGGUAACAGCUCAUUUCUGAAAAAGGGAAUUGGAUGAGAGGAGUGGAAUGGAAACUUUUUAUACCUUUUUAAUUUUGUACCAUGUGCAUAUAUUAUUCAAAAAAUAAUUUUAAAUCAGAGUUUAUUUUUUUAAAAAGAUUUAUGUAUUUAUUUGAAAGGCAGAGUUACACAGAGAGAGGAGAGGCAGAGAGAGAGAGAGAGAGAGAGAGGUCUUCCAUCUACUGGUUCACUCCCCAAUUGGCCACAACAGCCAGAGCUAUGCCGAUCUGAAGCCAGGAGCCAGGAGCUUCUUCCAGGUCUCCCAUGUGGGUGCAGGGGCUCAAGGACUUGGGCCAUCUUCUACUGCUUUCCCAGGCCAUAGCAGAGAGCCGGAUCAGAAGAGGAGCAGCUAGGCCUCGAACCAGCGCCCAUACAGGAUGCUGGCACUUCAGGCCAAGGCAUUAAUUCUCUGUGCCACAGCGCCGGCUUCCAAAUCUUAAGAGUUUAAGAAGGUAUGUGGGUGGUGUGGGUGUAGUGGCACAGUUGAUUAAGCCACUGCUUGGGACGGCCACAUCCCAUAUCUAAGUGCUGGUUCAAGUCCUAACACUUCUGCUUCCAAUCCACUUUCUUCUUCUUCUUCUUUUUUUUUUUUUUCAGAAAGAAUUUUUUAAAAAGUCUUUAAGUACUUUGUUUCUUAAAGAUUGAUUUAUUUAUUUGAAAGGCAGAGUUAGAGAGGGAGAGAGGAAGAGAGGGAGAGAGAGAGAGAGAGAGAGAGAGAGAGUCAGGUCUUCUAUCCACUGGUUCACUCCCCAAAUGAUGAUCCCAAUAAUUGGAGCUGGGCCAACCAGGAGCCAGGAGCUUCUUCUGGGUCUCCCACACAAGUGCAGUGGCCCAAGGACUUGGGCCAUCUUCCAUUGCAUUCCCGGGCCAUAGCAGAGAGCUGGAUCAGAAGUGGAGCAGCCAAGACUCAAACUGGCGCCCAUAUGGGAUGCCGGCACUGCAGGAAGCAGCUUUACCUGCUACACCACAGCUUUGGCUUCCCCAAUCCACUUUCCUGACAAUAUGUCCCGGAAGGAAGCAGAUGACGGCUGAGGUUCUUGGGCCCCUGGCCAAGCCUCAGCUAUUAAGGGCCUUUGGGGAGUGAAGCAGCAGAUGAAAGGAUGAAAGAUAUCUCUCUCUCUCUCUCUCUCUCGUAGAUGAAAAUAAAUAAGCAUUUUAAAAAUAUUUAUGUAUUUAUUUGAAAGGCAGAGUUACAGAGAGGCAGAGAGAGAGAGAGGUCUUCCAUCUGCUGGUUCACUCCCCAGAUGGCAGCAAUGGCCGGAGCUGCACUGAUCCAAAAUCAGGAGCCAGGAGCUUCCUCCAGGUCUCCACAUGGGUGCAGGGGCCCAAGGAUUUGGGCCAUCGUCUACCGCUUUCCCAGGCCAUAGCAGAGAGCUGGAUCGGAAGUGGAGCGGCCAGGACUUGAACCAGUGCCCAUAUGGGAUGCCAGUACUACAGGUGGCAGCUUUACUUGCUACAACACAGCACUGGCCCCAAUAAGCAUUUUUUUAAAAGAAACAUAUGAGGGUAUUUAAAGGGGUUAUGGAAAAUUGAAUUAAAAGAUAAACUUAUUUUGGUGUAAAAAGUUUUGGAACUCAUUCAUAGUUUUUCAUGAUACACAUUUUCCAUGAACUUUUAGAAGACCCCCUCACAUAUAAAAUUUCAAAUUGUUUUUGCACCAAAAUACACUUAUCUUUUUAACCACUUGUUUAUUUGAGGGGCAGAGAGAGACCGAUAGCAGUAGAGAGACAGACAGAGAGCUGCCGUCUUCUGGUUCACUCCCCAGAUGCCCACAAUGGGCGGGGCUGAAGCCAGGAGCUGGAAACACACUGUAGGCCUCUCUCGUGGGUGGUAGGAACCCAGCCAUUUGCGACAUCACCUGUUGCCUUCCAGGGUGUGUAUGGAGCCAGGUGUGGAGUCAAAACCCCCUCAAACUCAGAUACUCCAGUACUUGCUGUGGGAGACACACACACACACACAGGCACCUUACCUCUCUCCAGACACCCACCCUUUAAAUACAUUUUCUGUGACCUUUGGAAGCACCUGUUGGUACGAAAUUAUCAAUAAUUGCUUCUGGGUAGUGAGUAGCUGGGACUUCUUUUCUCCUUUGUCUUACUGUACAAUCCAACCUUUUUCCAAUGAAUAAAGUAAAAAGUCUAGGAGGAAAAUUAAAAACAAACUACUGUGUCUGCUGGUCAAUGUCACAUGAGCACCAACUCCCAGACCCCUCUCCCCAUCCAUGCACCUUCUCUGAGUGUCACAGCAGCCAGGCAAGCACUUGGAGACUGGGCGCACCCAAGGCCAAGGGACCUUCAAGGUUCUAUGAAGAAGACGGGACCAGGAUGAAGUUCUCCCUGGUGCCAGGAGACAGACGAGCGACAGCAGCCCAGGGCGGAAGGAAGCCCCUCCUGGUGCCUCGGUGGGAAAGGAGUUUUGUAGGUGGCAGGCAGCCCUGGGGACCCAUGUACAAGCCACAAGCGAGUCUCUGGGCACACUCUCCAAGGCAGCCCUUCCUCCAGACAGACACGCCCCCUCCCCAGGGCACAAGCCUGCACGAGCAUCUACUCGGCCAGAUGCCCUGUGUGGUUAACAACCUGCUAUACUAGCCAGCAACCCUGAAGCCUGGGGCACAGAGCAGAUUUUCCUAGUUCCCUGAAGGAGCAUGGGAAAAAAAAGAGAGAGCAAGGGAAGUCCCUCCCCCACUGCUUCCGCCCAGCAGAAAAAGAUGGCAAGCCGCUGAGUAUACCCUUGGAAGGGUCCAGGCGCACCCCCUCUCCUGCUCAGGCCGAGGCUGCCAGUUCUCACCCUGCCCCAGAGGAGCAGAAACUGCUGUCCUCCCUCCCCCCAGUACCACCACUCAACAUUGGGCCACUGCUCUGAAAAACCUUGCUCAGGCCGGCGCCGUGGCUCACUAGGCUAAUCCUCCGCCUUGUGACGCCGGCACACCGGGUUCUAGUCCCGGUCGGGGCACCGGAUUCUGUCCCGGUUGCCCCUCUUCCAGGCCAGCUCUCUGCUGUGGCCAGGGAGUGCAGUGGAAGAUGGCCCAAGUGCUUGGGCCCUGCAACCCAUGGGAGACCAGGAUAAGUACCUGGCUCCUGCCAUCAGCGUGCUGGCCGCGGCGGCCAUUGGAGGGUGAACCAACGGCAAAGGAAGACCUUUCUCUCUGUCUCUCUCUCUCACUUGCUCAGGAGCUGCCAGAGGUGUGACACAGGCGGAACCCUCACUUGGGGUGGGGGUGGGGGGCUCACAGGGAGGUGGAGCUCCAUGAAGUGGCAGUUAAUGGAUUAUGACCAUGAUCAACCAUCAGAACUGGCCAAGACAUAAAAAAAAAAAAAAAAAAAAAAGGCAGCUCAGCCGUGGCCAAAUCAGUGAACUGGAGUAUCAGGUAGCCGAUAUACUCCUGUCAUAGAACAAAGAGGGGGCAUGGAAAGCAUGGCAGAAAGAGAGUUGAAAGCACAGCUCAAGGAGACCCAAGGUGAAGGAGGAGAGGCCAUGGAGAGAUAGGGACCCGUGGAUGACAAAGGACAGCGUGUGUAACGUGAACAGAGGGGCCCACCGAAUCCUGAACAGCUUGGACCUUUUUGAAUCUUUAAACAUUUUUAAAAAUAUUUAUUUAUUUGUUUGAAUGUCAGAGUCAUAAGAGAGAGAGAGAAAGAGAGAAAUCUUCCAUUGGCUGCUUCAUUCCCCAAAUGGCUGCAAUGGCUGUUGCUGGGCCAGGCCAAAGCCAGGAGCCUGGAACUCCGCCGUCCAGAUCUCCAAGCACUUGGGCCAUCUUCCGAUGAUCUCCAAGGUGCAUUAGCAGGGAGCUGGAUUGGAAGUGGGGCAGCCGGGACUCAAACUGGUGCCUAUACAGGCAGUAGCUUUACCUGCUACACCACAACGCCGGCUCCUCCUUCAGAACAUUAUUGAAAACAGAUUAAACGUGGAGAUGCUCCAGGUCUCUGUUCUCUAAUGUUAAAAAAUAUUUUAUGUAAAAAGCAGAUGAUAGUGAGAAAGGGAGAUACAGAGAGAGAUUUUUCCAUCUGCUGGUUCACUCUCCAGAUGGUCACAAAAGCCGGGGCUGGGCCAGGCUGAAUCCAGGAGCAAGAACUCCAUCUGGGUCUCCCGCAUGGGUGCAGGGACCCGAGUACUUGGGACAUCUUCCACUGCUUUUCCUAGGCCAUUAGCAGGGAGUUGGAUGGGAAACGGAGCAGCCAGGACACCAACUGGCGCCCAUACUGGAUGCUGGUGUCACAGGAGGCGGCUUUACUAGGCGGCUUUACUAGCUAGACCACAGCGCCACCCCAACAAGCACAUGUAGUUAACUUUUUUUUUUUAAACUCUUCUUUUUUUAUUUUAUUGAUUGAUUGAUUGGACAGGCAGAGUGGACAGUGAGAGAGAGAGACAGAGAGAAAGGUCUUCCUUUGCCGUUGGUUCACCCUCCAAUGGCUGCCGCAGCCGGCGCACUGCGCUGAUCAGAUGGCAGGAGCCAGGUGCUUCUCCUGGUCUCCCAUGGUGCAGGGCCCAAGCACUUGGGGCAUCCUCCACUGCACUCCCGGGCCACAGCAGAGAGCUGGACAGGAAGAGGGGCAACUGGGACAGAAUCCAGCGCCCCAACCGGGACUAGAACCCAGUGUGCCGGCGCUGCAGGCAGAGGAUUAGCCUAGUGAGCCGCGGUGCCGGCAGUUAACUUAUUUUUUGACAGGCAGAGUGGACAGUGGGAGAGAGAGACAGAGAGAAAGGUCUUCCUCUUGCCGUUGGUUCACCCUCCAAUGGCCGCUGCAGCCGGCGCACUGCGCUGAUCAGAUGGCAGGAGCCAGGUGCUUCUCCUGGUCUCCCAUGGGGUGCAGGGCCCAAGCACUUGGGCCAUCCUCCACUGCACUCCCGGGCCACAGCAGAGAGCUGGACUGGAAGAGGGGCAACCGGGACAGAAUCCGGCGCCCCGACCGGGACUAGAACCCGGUGUGCCGGCGCCACAAGGCGGAGGAUUAGCCUAGUGAGCUGCGGCGCCAGCCAGUUAACUUCUUUUGAUACUGUGGUGGCGAAUCCUUUUCUUCUGUGCCGUGUAGAUAAGCAGACACUGUGGCGAUGCAGAAACCCGACUUAUCCCCUUCCCGAGUGGAAACUCUAUUACAACGCGUAUUCCACUUUGCACCCCGCCCCUUGCCUGCAGGCAGGCAGCGCAGCACGCGGGUCACAGAAGCAGGUCCUCCAGGUCAGCAGACAGUGCCCAGGCAGUGACCUGGCCCAACGACCUCAGCUGGCUCAGGAAAAUGGCAGCUUUGAAUUUUGAAGAAGUUCCACCAGUAGGGACAGGCAUUGUGACACAGAGAGUUAAGUCACCCCUUGGGACACCCACAUCCCAGCUAGGAGUGCUGGUGGCCCUGCCACCUAUGUAGGAAACCCCAAUGGAGAACCUGGCUCCUGGCUUUGGCCUGGACGAGACCCGGCUGUCCUGGACAUUUGGGAAGUGAACCAGUGGAUGGUAGAUCUCUCUGUGACUGUCUCUGUCUGUGUUUCCCUGCCUUUCAUAAAUUAAAAUAAACUUUAAAAUUAAGAAUAUUGUAAAGAAGUUAACUACCUUAUUCAAUUUAAGAAAAUCAGCAAUGGAAGCCAAUGAGGAGAGAGAUUUAAUAAGGAUGAAAGAUAAAAAUAAAUGAAACCAAUAGAAAGAAAAAGCUUUCUUUGAAAAAUAAAAUAAGCCUACACAUGGCAAAUCUGAUUAAGAAAAAAGAGAAAACGGGGUGAGUGUUUGGCUUGGCAGUCGCGAUGUCCACGUCCCAUAGUAGAGAGCCCAGAUUUGAUUCUGGGCUCUGCCUCCUGAUUCUGGUUUCCUGUCAAGGGCAGACCGUGGGAGGCAGGGGCGAUGGCUCAAGUAAUUGGGUUCCUGGACUAAGAUCCAGUCUCCCAAUAUCAGCACCAGCCAGGACCCACUGCAGCCACUUGGGGAGGGAAGUGACCCAGUGGACAGGAGCUCCCUGCCCCUCAAACAAGUAAAAACCAUUAAAAAAAAAAAAAAAGUGUAGUUAUUGGGAACAGAAUGGUUUUAUAGUCACAAAAAUGGAAAUACUGAAAAAAAAUUACAGGAUUUUAUACAACUCCGUGGCAAAAAAAAAAAUCUAGAAGACUGGAUGAUUUUCUAAGCAAAUAAUCAGAUUCCCACACAAACCAACCACGAGGAAAUAAAUGGGGUGGGAUUGCCUUAUCUCAAAUGCAUUCACACCACAUCAAGCGCGCACACCCAAGACCUGUAGGUGGCGCUGCCCCACCCGGGUUUCCCGUGGCAGUGGCUGUUUGCUUUCUUUGCAGAGCCCUUCUGGGAGACAAGGUGGCGGAGCGGGUCGUGCGUGCAGGGCAGGAGUGGGAGGGAGGGGAGAUGAGCCAGGGUUUGUAGAGGGCUGGGAGCCCUGGACAGACUGAUGUUGGCAUACUGGACAGCUUCCGUUGAGUCCUUGCAGAGUAGAAGAAUGCUGUCAUUAAACUAAGCACUUCCAAAUCUCCCACCCUCAUCUCCCCAGAGUAAUUCCAGCUGGGGCUGCUGACGUGCGAGUAUAGGUAUGGCAGAGAAUUAGCACCAAUCAACAACCGGAUCGGCUCACUAGGCUAAUCCUCCACCUAGCGGCGCCAGCACACCGGGUUCUAGUCCCGGUCGGGGCGCCGGAUUCUGUCCCGGUUGCCCCUCUUCCAGGCCAGCUCUCUGCUGUGGCCAGGGAGUGCAGUGGAGGAUGGCUCAAAUACUUGGGUCCUGCACCCCAUGGGUGACUAGGAGAAGCACCUGGCUCCUGCCUUCGGAUCAGCACAGCGCGCCGGCCGCGGCGGCCAUUGGAGGGUGAACCAACGGCAAGAGGAAGACCUUUCUCUCUGUCUCUCUCUCACUGUCCACUCUGCCUGUCAAAAAAAAAAAAAAAAACACCGGAUCAUAUGCUUGAGCAUCUACUCUCCCGGUGAAAACAGACCCAGUAACCACAGAGGAAAUGUGAAAGGUAAUUAGAACCGGGUUAACAGUUUUAGAAGGUUCCUAGGCUCGAUGGGUUUACAGCUGCCUAUGCAUAAGACAGAAAAUUAGUGGCCGACGCCGUGGCUCACUUAGUUAAUCCUCCGCCUGCGGCACCGGCAUCCCAUAUGGGUGCCAGGUUCUAGUCCCAGUUGCUCCUCUUCCAGGCCAGCUCUCUGCUGUGGCCCAGGAGGGCAGUGGAGGAUGGCCCAAGUGCUUGGGCCCUGCACCCGCAUGGGAGACCAGGAGGAAGCACUUGGCUCCUGGCUUCGGAUUGGCGCAGCGCUGGCUGAGGCGGCCAUUAGGGGAGUGAACCAAUGGAAGGAAGACCUUUCUCUCUGUCUCUGUCUCUCACUGUCUAACUCUGCCUGGCAAAAAAUUAAAAAAUAAACAAAAAUGAGAAAAUUAGAGAAGCACUCUAAUUCUUAGACGUAACAGAAGAUGAUGUAGCAUAAGAAAAAGAAACCCACGGGCAAUUUUUAUUUUUUAUUUAUUUAUUUUUUGACAGGCAGAGUGGACAGUGAGAGAGAGACAGACAGAGAGAAAGGUCUUCCUUUGCCAUUGGUUCACCCUCCAAUGGCUGCCGGGGCUGGCGCACCACGCUGAUCCGAAGGCAGGAGCCAGGUGCUUCUCCUGGUCUCCCAUGGGGUGCAGGGCCCAAGCACCUGGGCCAUCCUCCACUGCACACCCUGGCCACAGCAGAGAGCUGGCCCGGAAGAGGGGCAACCGGGACAGAAUCCGGCGCCCCGACCGGGACUAGAACCCGGUGUGCCGGCGCCGCAGGCGGAGGAUUGGCCUAUUGAGCCGCGGCGCCGGUCAAUUUUAUUUGUGAAUAUAGAUGCAAAAAUGUGAGAGAAAACCCGAGCAAAUUGAAUCCAGUAGUGAAUUUUAAAAAAAAAAUCAGUGCUCCAUGACCAAGCAGGAUAAGCAAGAAUGGUUCCACCUGGAGAAAUCCAUCACCAUAAUCCAUAACAUCAACAAAUCAAGAAGGAAAACCAUACUUGUUAUUUAUAGAUGCUGAAAGAAAGCAAGGUGCAGCCACAAUUCCUAUUGAGAAUUCCUAAGGAAAACCAGGAGAGAAUAAAGCCAGUGGUAUAGAAGACUUCAUCAGAACUCUAGCCAUCUAAAAGUGCUAUGUCGAAAAGGUAGGAAUGGCUGGCGCCGCAGCUCACUAGGCUAAUCCUCCGCCUGCAGCGCCGGCACACCGGGUUCUAGUCCCGGUCGGGGCGCCGGAUUCUGUCCUGGUUGCCCCUCUUCCAGGCCAGCUCUCUGCUGUGGCCCGGGAGUGCAGUGGAGGAUGGCCCAGGUGCUUGGGCCCUGCACCCCAUGGGAGACCAGGAGAAGCACCUGGCUCCUGCCAUCGGAUCAGCGAGGUGCGCCGGCCGCGGCGGCCAUUGGAAGGUGAACCAACGGCAAAGGAAGACCUUUCUCUCUGUCUCUCUCUCUCACUGUCCACUCUGCCUGUCAAAAAAAUAAAUUAAUUAAAUAAAUAAAUCUCAGUAGUUUUGUUUUGCAGAAAAGCACAAGCUGAACCCAAACCUUUAAAAAAUGUUUCUUUUUCCUUUUUAUUUGAGAGGCAGAGAAACAGAGAGACAGAAACAGACAGAGCAGAUCCCAUCUGCUGAUUCUUCCCCCAAAUGCCUGUUUCAACAACUGGGACUGAGCUGGGUAGAAGCCAGGAACAGGGAACUCACUUCAGGUCUCUGAUGUGGGUGGCAGGGACCCAACUACUCCGGCCAUCACCACUGCCUCCCAGGGUCAACAUUAACAGGAAGCUGGAGUCAGGAGCCAGAGCCAGGGAUCAAAACAUGUUCUCUGAUAUGGGACACAGGACUCUUAACUGCUGGGGCAAAUAUUCACCCUGGCAUUUUGUUUAUUAUGCAACUAUAAAAAGGAAUGGAGGGGGGCCGGCGCCGUGGCUCAACAGGCUAAUCCUCCGCCUUGUGGCACCGGCACACCGAGUUCUAGUCCCAGUUGGGGCACCGGAUUCUGUCCCGGUUGCCCCUCUUCCAGGCCAGCUCUCUGCUGUGGCCCGGGAGGGCAGUGGAGGAUGGCCCAGGUGCUUGGGCCCUGCACCCCAUGGGAGACCAGGAGAAGCACCUGGCUUCUGCCAUCGGAUCAGCGCGGUGUGCCGGCUGCAGCACGCCGGCCACAGCGGCCAUUGGAGGGUGAACCAACGGCAAAAGGAAGACCUUUCACUCUGUCUCUCUCUCACUGUCCACUCUACCUGUCAAAAAAAUAAAAAUAAAAAAUAAAAAUAAAAAGGAAUGGAGGGGCGAUGCUGUGGCACAGUGAGUUAAAGCCCUUGCCUGCAGUGCCAAUAUCCCAUAUGGGUGGCAGUUCGAGUCUUGGCUGCUCCACUUCUGAUCCAGCUCUCUGCUAAGGUCUGGGAAAGCAAUAGACGAUGGCCCAAGUCCUUGGGCCCCUGCACCUGUGUGGGAGACCUGGAAGAAGCUCCUGGCUCCUGGCUUUGGAUCGGCGCAUCUCCGGCCGUUGCAGCCAUCUGGGGAGUGAACCAGCGGAUGGAAGACCUCUCUCUCUGUCUCUCUGCCUCUCCUCUCUCUGUGUAACUCUGACUUUCAGAUAAAUAAAUAAAUCUUUUCUAAAAAAAAAAAGCCAAAACAGUAAGAUAGAGACAGAGUAAAGAGAUGUUGAACAACAGAGAACAAUCCUGAAACAGCCCCAAAUGGAGCCACUGCACAGAAAGAGGGCAUUUUAAUUCAGGGGACACAUCAUGCAAUAAAUGUUGUCAGGAGGGUUUGCCACGUAUUUGGAGGAAGGCAAAGGCUCCAUACCUUAUACCACAAACAAAAAUACAUUCUGGGUGAAUUUGUGCAUAAAAACCAAAACAACUCAAACAUCACUUGCAGUGGGGCGGACCUCACCAUGCCAGGCUGGGAAUGCUAAGUGCCAAGGGAAAAUGAGAUGCUUCACAGGAACUUUUUUUUUGAGCUGUUAUAACACAUUGCAGAUGUAUUAAUAUUCCCUAACAGAUGAAGCCUGAUAGAAAAAUAUCUCCCAAAGAAAAACUGAAGUCAGGAUAGAAAAUCCACAAAAAGUCCACAAAAGACCAGGGAGGAGAGAAUGGACUAAUCCACUUCAUUAGUUUCCAUCAGAAAUGCAAGUCCACGCACACAUGGGUGACACUACCCAGAGGAAGCUCAGGAUGGGACCCCAGUGGGAGAGGUUUCCAGGAGACCUGCAGAAGACAAGGAGCAGUCGUACACACACACACACACACACACACACACACACGGCAGUGGAUGUGAAAAAAGAAAUCACACCACUAACGAAACAGAAAUUAAAACGUCCUUUUGCACUUACCUAAUUUGCAAAGAUUUCUAUAAAUAAUAAUGACCAAUAUUCCAGAGGAGGGAAAGUGGACACAUAAAUACUGCUGGAAGAAACAUAAAAUGGAAGAAUCUUCCAGAAGCCACACGUCAAAAAGUCUCAAAAGUGGAGGUGGGGCAUUUGGCUUAGCAGUAGCCCAGGUUCCCUAUCAGAGCGCCUGGUUUGAUACUCACCUUUGGCUACUGAUUCCAGCUUCCUGUUCAUGCAGCCCCUGGGAGGCAGCAGGGAUGGCCCAGGUAGUUGGGCCCCUGCCACUCAUGUACACCACAGCACUGGCCUUUUUUUUACGGGGUUGGGAGGGAGAUAACUUUUGAUAUGUCCUGCCCGCGUACCAAUGAAUCGCCUUGAACAUUUCCUGAGGGAUGCCCUGCCCUGGAGUCCACGAAACUAAUCCUCCAGUAAUGAGAAGUGUCAAGGUCAGGUGGUGUAAAAUGAACAUAUAAAGUCAGCGAAUUCUACAGAAAGUGAACCAGCCCAACCCUGUGGGCAGACAGAGCAGGAUGAGGGAGCCAUUGGAACCAAGGAUGUUUCUGUUCUUGGGACCACAGAGGGAGGAAGACAAAACACAGUUAUGUGGGCAGGUGCUGUGGUGAGAGACAUCCAUAUGGGAGUGUCUGGUUCAUGUCCUGGCUGCUCUGCUUACCACCUGGCUUCCUGUUAGCGUGCCUGGGAAGGCAGCAGAUGAUGGCCCAAGUGCUUGAGUCCCUACCAACAACCUUGAGGGAGUUUCUUGCUCUUGGCUUUAGCCUGGCCCAGCCCUGGCUGUUGUGGGCCUUUGGCAGAGGGUCAACCAGUGAAGGAGUGUCAAGGUCUUGGUCAAGGCUGCCCCUUGCUUGUACCACGCAUUCUCCUCUUCUCCCUGCCAGUAGGACUGCUGCCCAUGCUCACAUAUUAUACUGAUUUUGGAAAUGAAGUUAAUGGUAAUUAAAAGCUGAAUGGCACAUGGUCUUUCCAAGCUGGGGAGAGGUGACAUCAUAAUGGAAAUAAUUCUAGUCACCUGUGAAGAGUUAGUGAGGGGGCUGGCGCUGUGGCAUGCAUAGUGGCUUAAGCCACUGCUGAUUCCAGCAUCCCACAUUCAAGCACUUGUUCCAUUCCCCCGGUAGUUGAAUUGGCUUCCAAUUCAACUUCCUGCUAAUGUGCCUUGCGGCCCUGCCUCCCACAUGGGAGACCUUGGUGGAGUUCCUGGCUCCUGGCUCCGGCCUGGCUGUUGUGGGCAUUUGGGGAGUGAACCAAGAGAUGGAAGGUCUGUCUCUCUCUCCCUCUCUGUGUCUUAGUCACUCUGCCUUUCAAAUCAAAUAAUAAAGUAAAAUCUUAAAGAAAUCGUUAAUCAGACCCCUCUGAGCUCAGAAUUGCCAAAGCACUGUUUCUCCUGCUAAUGGGUGACGUCAGCACACAUGGGUGCUGCCUGCGUGGAAAUCCCAGGUAACUAUAAACGCCUACUCCAGGAAUUGGGUGCAGGAGCCGGCCCGCAGCCAGGGCGACGUCUACUCAAACUCCCCUUCCUGCCCCAGACAGGCAACUGCGGGAGGACAGGGCUGAGCGGAUCCUCCCUGAGCUUUCU